AAAGGUCUCAUAGCCAAAAGCAUCCCAAUUUUCUCAGAUUUGUGUCUGAUUAGAGAAAGUUAAGAGAGACAGAAAAGGAGAUUAUGGGUUUAACUAAGCCACAUGCAGUUUUCAUACCAUUUCCAGCACAAGGUCACAUAAACCCCAUGCAGCAAUUAGCUAAACUCCUCCACUACAAAGGCUUUCACAUAACAUUUGUCAACACAGAAGUCACUCACAAGCGCCUUAUUAAUUCCCUAGGUGCCAACUCUCUCGACGGCCUUCCCACCUUCCGAUUCGAGACCAUUCCUGACGGCCUCCCGGCAAGUCAUCCCCGGGACGUGCCAUCACUCUGCGUUUCCACUAACAAAACCGGAUUGGCGCCAUUUAGAGAGCUUGUGAAAAAGCUCAACUCUUCACCCAAUUCACCACCUGUGACUUGUAUAAUUGCUGAUGGUGUCAUGACCUUCACUCUUGAUGCUGCCCAUGAAUUGGGAAUUCCUGAAGUGCUUUUCUGGACGACAAGUGCUUGUGGCUUCUUGGCCUACGCUCAGUAUCACAGACUCAUUGAAGAGGGUCUCACCCCUCUUAAAGAUGAAAGUCAUUUCACAAACGGAUAUUUAGAUACCAUGGUAGAUUGGUUGCCGGGCAUGAAAGACAUCCGUUUGAAGGACAUGCCGAGCUUCAUUAGAACCACAGACCCAAAUGAUGUCAUGUUGGAGUUUAUGGUGGGUGAGACAGAACGGACCAAAAAAGCUUCAGCUGUGGUUUUGAACACAUUUAAGUCCCUUGAGCAGGAAGCUUUGGAUGCAAUUUCUAGUUUGUUUCCACCAACUUACUCCGUCGGACCCCUAAACCUACUAUUCAGUCAGAUUCCGGAAGACAACGAGUUGAAGGCAAUUGCGUCGAGCCUAUGGACAGAAGACACAGCGUGUCUCGACUGGCUCGACACCAAAGAACCUAACUCAGUGGUUUAUGUGAAUUUUGGAAGCACCACAGUCAUGACAAAUGAGCAGCUAGUUGAGUUCUCUUGGGGACUUGCAAAUAGCAACAAGACAUUUUUGUGGAUCAUUAGGCCUGGCCUUGUUGCUGGAGACACAGCUGUGGUUCCUCCGUUGUUUUUGGAAGAGACCGAGGGAAGAGGUAAGUUGGCAAGUUGGUGCCCUCAGGAACAAGUUCUGACGCACCCUGCCAUCGGGGGGUUUUUGACGCACAGCGGAUGGAACUCUACCCUUGAGAGUUUGUGCGGCGGAGUGCCGAUGAUCUGCUGGCCUUUCUUUGCGGAGCAGCAGACCAACUGUAGGUACGCAUGCGAACACUGGGGAAUAGGCAUUGAGAUAGAGGAUGAGGUGAAAAGAGAUUACAUUGAAGGUCUCGUGAGAAGAUUGAUGGAGGGAAAAGAGGGCAAAGAGAUGAGGAAGAACGCUUUGGGAUGGAAGAAGAAGAUAGAGGAGGUCACUAGCCGUAAGGGGUCAUCUGUUUUGGAUUUGGACAACCUCAUUAACCAGGUCCUAAUUGCUCCUUGAAAUAUGGAUUUCAUUAGAAUAUCCAUAUAUCUUAUAUUUUUUUGGUUGAAACCGUAUAUCUUAUCUUUGGUAAAAAUAAUGUUUGUCAUUCUUUUUAACAAAUAAAAUGAGUGCUUGAUCAGCAGUUUCGUCACAAUGUGGCAAUGUAAUUGCUGAUCAAUCUACCUUAUAAAUAAUGGGGCACUCUAUGUUGUAUUGCUGGAAUUUUUCUGAGGUGAUAAUGCAGCCAAACAUUAUUCUUUUCAUUA